GGAAUCUGGACAGAAGAGUGCAUAGCAGGACCCGGUAAGAGGAAAUAUAUACCGUCGCUAGAGCCGCACGCACCGUGAUGUCUUCCAACUACCGAGAAGACGUCGAUUACGAAGACACUACAGGUAAAGACAAGUCACAACGCAAUAGGAGGCUCAUUGGGGCAGCGGUGUUGGAAUACGUGAAGCGCCCGAUGACGCUCCCCCUCUUCCUUGUUGUUGUGCUGGGGCUGCUGGUGUUUGACGUGGUGCCCAUGGGCAGGGGCACGGUGCUUCUGGACCCGUUCCUGGGCGGCUCGAUCGAUCCACAGACACACGACUUCUUUGCUCCCACGCAGCAGAACUACAACUUCUACAACAGGAUCAACCAGUACCUUUCACCGAACCACGAGCCGCUCGGCUUCCAGAAUAUCCAGUUCUCCCGGGUGCGCACGACCCCCGGCUCUCCCCCCGUGGUCGCCAACCCGGGCAUCUACCCUUUCAACAACCUCGAUCCGGCCGACGAGCAGCUGAAGGCCAUCACGGCCAACUACAAGGCCCAGAACGGCUUCCUGAAAACACUGGGCUACAUCCUCACGCUGGGAGGGAGACUCUCGAAAAACCAGUUGCCGAAACGGAAGAUCUACAUCAUCCUCGGCAGCUCUCCGAACAUCGGCAUCGAGAGGGAAAUGUCUAGGCAAAACUGGCUGGUGGAGAAGAUUUCGACGUUGAACAAGAAGGCAUAUGCUCGGAGACACAACUACGAGCUCGUGUUCCAGAACUCGGCAAACAACAUUGCCUCCACCGUCCGCACAGACACUCUCGAUUCCAUCUCGGGACACCAGAAAAGAUACCAACACGAAAGCAGGGAAGGCUGGGAGAGGUUUGACCUCAUGCGCCAGGUGAUGAGAACACACUCCUACAACAACCCGAAUGUCGAAGAAUGGUACUGGUAUCUCGACUUGCACACGAUGAUCAUGCAGCCAGAAAGAUCCCUCGAAGAGGUGGUGUUCUCUGUCAUUGAAAAGGCCUCUAGAAGCGGCGCGUUCCUCUACCACGCAGACAACCUCGAUGCUAUUGGAGAUGGAGAUAUGACCUGGUCGACCCUGGCCCACCGUCGUGAGUUCGGCAGGUUGGAUCUGGAUCCCGAGAGUUCGAAACUCACGCACAAAGACAUAGACUUGAUCCUCACAGAAGACUGUUACGGCAUCAGUUUGAGCUCUUUCCUUUUACGUCGCUCGAAAUGGUCCGAGUUGCUGUUGGAUAUGCUAUGGGAGCCAGUCAUGUACAGACAGAUGCACACCGAGUGGAGCAAACUAGAGAGGAAUGACCUCCCGCACAAGUAUGGCUUCCUAUUGAACGAGGGAAACGAAAACAAAGAAUCUUACCGUGGAGCUCCUUCGGAGAUGGAGGAAAGAAACUGUCUUGAGUACUUUCUCUCCACACAGGCAUGGCUCAGAACACGUACCGCCGUGCUUCCGGCCAGGGUAUUCAACUCGCUAAGUAACGACUCCUGUGUCAUCGAUACAGAGAGUACGCUGGAUUUGAUCGACAUGGAGAUGGAUGAUGACUUGAUCGAUGCCUUGCUGGACUCGGAUGACUUGGACUUACUCAUCAUCAAGGAAAAGCUUUCUGCAAAUGCCAUGAGCAGCAAGUUCAAAGAACUAACAUCCCGGGUCCACGAUCUACACUACGAUACGUCGGAUUUCCUCUUCAGCUUCUCCGCAUGCGGAGGUGAUUGCGCAGAUCGUGUAAAAGAUGCCAUGGCGUGGUAUAAGAAAAUUCAUGGCAAACAAAUAUUUGAGGACAUCUGAAAUACCCGGGCAUGUUCCCGAAUCUCAUGAUGUUUGCUAUACCCUUGUAAGGAAUUUAUAUAUCCCUCUUUAGAACACUAAACUUCAGUUCCACCUACAGGCU